GGGAGGGGGUGCAGGAAUAUAACUGUGUAUGCAUUUUCAAGGCGGUCUUUCUGUUGCAAGAAAAAAACAGUAGUCUAACAGGAAAGCGAAUAGGUCGAGCUCCUGAUGAAGGAAUGCAAAUGCAAUUUAGUGACGGAAACUGACGUUUGAGAUCUUCAUGUGUUCGUGGACGCUUGUGAGAUGGCAGUGUGUUUAAUUUUAGUUCGAGAUAGGUGGAAUCACCUCAGCGGUGUGUGAAAGAGGGAGAGAGAGGCGAGGGAACAAGAGGGGAGGGGGCGGGGGUGUAUGGACCCUCACUGGUUACGGGACCUACAGGCACCCCGAUUGUGCUCUGCUCUCAUCAUUUUUGGAGGUGAGGACAAAAGAAAAAAGGGGAAAUCGGAAGAAAGGCCCAGGAUCUGAGUGUCGUGACGGGCCCCCCGACUUCGCCGCCGCUGGUCGGGGUUGUCUGGACUCAAAAGGGUGAGGGAAAAGCGGCGGAGCGGUCGACUCUAGACUGGGGUUUCCUGCCACAGCAGCGGGAUUGUCACAAAACAGCCUUUCAGUCUUCGAGGGGCCUUGUAUUGCUACGUUUUCAGAGUUGUGAAGGCUUCUGGUCAGCAGCUCCUGGAAAAUGAACUUAUCUGCAUGGAAUUACUGAAGAAAAGAAAAGAAAACAGGAGCUUGAAUUGACUCAACUUGAAGUGGAAUAAAUGGAUUACCCUUCUUUGGAAAACUGUUGCCAUGGAACUAGGUAGAAUUAAAUGAUGGUUGACAGAAAAAAACAAAGGUAAGACCUCUACAUGCUGAAGACACAGGAGAGCACCAAGAAGAAUCUGAACACAGAGUCAAAGAAAAAACAGUUACUAAAUAGGGACCAAAGACUUCUGCAGUCUGAAGGAAUGCAUGUGGUAGCAAGAAAGUGAAGAAGAAAAGAAAAGAAAACAGUAUUUGAAAGGGAAUGACCAAGAAAAAAGCAUCCCCAAAAGUAUUACACUUUGCAUCCCAGAGCUGAUGAGAAUUUCAAUGGAGUGUUUGCCUCUGGGGGUGUUUAGUGAGGGUCUGUAUUCAGACUUUUUGAUUCACGUUCCGGCAGUUUUUGUCUCAUACAGGUGUGGGUCAGGUCUUCGAAAACUUGCGCAUAUUGAUGGACUGAAGGAUUGCUCUGAUGGAACACAGUCUCAAUGGUUUUAUUGAGAUUUUUUUCAUUUUUUUAUUUUUAUUUUAUUUUAUUUUUUGCACAAGAAGCUAUCGGAUCACAACAUAAUUUAAUUGUAACAUAGCUCUGGUUGCUUGAGCUGUGACAGUAGCUGGAGCUUAUACAUUUAAAGACAUUUAAGGUUGAACAUCUCACAUGGUGACGCAUCAGUCAUCCAUGAAAUUAUUGCCCGCUCAGUGCCAAACUGUUUCAUGGAAAGGACUGCAAACUUUUAGUCUUGUAUUUUUCUGCAGUAAAAACCCUCUUUGCUACAUAUCUCUCCUUUUUUGCUUUUUGAAAAUUCAGUUUUCAAAGAUCUUUUUUUUUAAAACCAUUAACAACCUACCACCGUCUCGCUGAAGAAGUAAGAUUUUCACCAUUUGGCCUUUUCGUAUAUUGAUAAAACCAUUUUCUGUUAAAUCCCCCUACCUAAAAAUUGAUUAUAACAUCUGCGGUAUAUAUUCCUCAGCUUGAACUCUUUGGUGAAUUUCGAAAGCAUUUCCUUGUUUUACUGCCAGGCCAUAGUCUCUCUCUUUGUCAUUUAUGGUUACUGCCAUAAGCCUUCCAGUUUCUGAUCAGAAGCAUUCCCUAGUAUAGACAUUGACAGAUAUUUCCGUUUUUAAUCCAAACUUGGAGUAACAAUGCAGAAUUUUUCUAACAGUCCAGCUCCCCCCUCUCUCCCCCCGGGGUUCAGUGGGAGGGGUGGAGGAGGACCUCCAUAUCCCCCUCAGCCAGCAGAUCCCCAGAUCUCCCCAAGGAUGACAGAUGAUUAUGUGGGGAUGCAACAGCAGAGCCUGCACAGAGGCCAUCACCACCCCACUCAAGCCAGCCACAUGCUUGCUUACAGUGCUAGAAACAGGAGCUCUGUGGAGCCACCACCAACACAGGGUACCAUUCACAGUGGCAACACUAGCACUCCUUACAGGAAGGAUGUCAUGGAUUAUUAUUUUUCAAUGGGGGGAAAGGAGAGACACAGAAGAGGGGGCAUGGGUUAUGGGGCAGGCUUUGGAUACCCUAAUAUUGAUGGACAUAUACCUCACCAGUACCGGCAUGCUGGAUCUGGCUCUGCACCGUCAUCUGGCCUGAUGUCACCAUAUCCAGUAGACUAUGGCUCCAGUGCUGGUUCAGGUGGAGGUGCUGGUGCUGGAGCGUUCUCUCCUUCUCAUCAGUACAAUAUGAGUCAGAACCCUGCAAUGCAGUCAGUGUCAGUUUCUCAAAUGCAGCACCGCCAGCAUGGGCAAACCUUCCCAGCUGUCCACCAUGGACAACAGCAUAGGAGCUAUCCACACUCUGGGCACAGAAUGACCCCCCAGUACCCACACUACUCCCCGCAGGGUGGAGCAUCCACAGGGUCAUCAGGAAUGUACAGCCCGCCUCCGCAGAGAUAUCUCGACGGGGCUGCUAGCACUGGGUUCGAUCCCAAAGUCAACAGUUCUCCCAGUGUCAACUCCAGUUCAAACUCUGUCUCCAGUACAGCUGCUGCUAACAAUGUCGGACCAAUGGAGAAUGUUCAACAGAGUUACCAUCCUUCAAAUUAUCCUGGUUACUCCCCACAGACACAUUCACUUCACAAGCAAGCCACAUUACAGCACCGCAACUCACAGCACAACUUAGGGGUAGGCUACGACAACUCUCUUAAGAUGCAGCACCAGGGCCCGUCUCCAGGCUCUGUAUAUGCUAAACAUCAUCAAGCCUCCAAUCCCAAUAUACCUCAAGCAGCAUCUCAAGAAAUAGCCAAAUCACCAAUGCAUCCCAAUGCUCAGCAAGCCCAAAUUAACCAAAACUUUAGCCCAAUAUCCAACCCCUCUCCAGCUGCCUCUGCAGUGCAUUCCCCCAGUUGUAGCUCCUCUCCUUCUCCAUUGAUGGGUGUCUCAGAUGCACAUGGAAACCCCUCAGGUCAUGGUCCUUCACAUCCUCCCACAUCAAACCCCCGUAGCAGCCAUGGUCAGGGUAGAUUACUUCAGACCAUGCCUCAGUUAAGUCCUACACCUAACUCAAAUGGCAGCAUCAGUAGUUGUGGUAGCAGUGGCAGUCAUAAAGCUCACAGCAUGAGCGCAGUUGGAGGGAACAAUCUUCCUCCAACAAGCCGCAACAAAAUGGGUUUAGUGACAGGCAUUGGACCUCGAGAGGAAAGCUCUUCUGUUUAUUCAUCUCCACAUGACAAAAUGCAGGAUGCUGGCUUGAAUAGUCUUAAUGCCUUGAGCUCACAAGUAGCCAAUUUACCAAACACAGUGCAGCACAUGCUCCUCACAGACACAGUGCUUUCACAGAAGAAAGGGAAAGAUGGGGGCCAGAUGCAACAGGCGACACAUGGCGUGCCCUCAUCACAACCAAGGAGUCGAAAUGCAAGCGCAGCCUCAAGUACUAGUACUGUUAAAGAUGGAAGUGCAGCGGGAAUUGGUGAUGGUGCCAGCUUAGAUGCUGGUGCUGAUGAAGACUCCUCGUUGAUGUCAGUUGGAGGCUCAUCAGGGACCAAGGCAGAACGUGAGGAGCAGUUUUCUGAGGGAGAACAUGGGAGAAUGAGGCAGAUGAGUGGUGCAAGCAGUGGAUCUGAACCAGCUAGCUAUCAACCUCCGCCUCAGACUCAAACACAGACUGGACAAGCAUCAAAUGUUAAAACAGUAAUCUCUGAUUCACCGGCAAAGGAAGCAGCUUCCUCUCAAACAAAAACAGUUGAAACUCAUAUUCCCUCUUCAUCGUCAUCAUCUCCAUCCUUUGCAUGUCAGACAUCAGAGGCUGGCCCAGCUUCACAUUCUACACCUCCAGUUUCCUCAUCCACCUCCUCCAGUAUUCCUCCUUCACAACCAAAUUCUGUCUCUGAGCCUGGUUUAGCAUAUAAUGACCACAGAGGUGGCCAUAGGAAGACAACAGAAAUUAAAAAUGAAGUUGUGAAAAAAGAAAACGAAGGUGCAGUUGAGAAAGGAAGUAGCCAAAUACAAAGAGAUGGAGAAGUCAAUACUCAAAAUGGUCAGGAGAAAGAAAAUAGGUUGGUCACUGCAUCCAGAUUACACAAUAAUGAGAGGGAAGAAAAGCACACAUCUGAGGAACAGCAGAGUGCCAGUACUGUUGGUGUGAUCGUUUCAGCUAGAUCUGAAGGAAGUCACACUGAAAAAAGCAAGGAUCCCCAAGACAACUGUAUAGAAGAGAAACAGUCGCAUUCUUACGGAAGAGAGUCAAGCAGUCAUAAUGGGGAGGAAGGCGUCGAUCUGAGUCAAUAUUCCUCCACUCAACAGAAAUCAAAUUUCGGACGGCCUCAAAAUCUUCCCCAGUCUGGACCACAUAAAUUUGGCCACCCAGAAUCAACAUAUGGCUCAGAUUUGUCAAUGAAGAACAGAGGGAGGGCUGGCCCAGGGGGUGCAAUGGAAUCGAAUUCCAGAUACAUGGGGUAUCAACAUUCACAAACUGGUUACGGCCCUGUGCACCCAAAAGAUGCUAGUUCUGUAGCAGAGUCUUUGGUAAAGAGGGGGCAAGGAGCAGGAGUUAAAGGUCAUGAGGAUAAUUCACAAAUGCAGCAAUUUCCAAGCCUUUUACAAGAGGUUCUUCAAGGUUACAAUUUAGAUAGACGUUAUGGCAGGCCAGAACAGGCGUUUCCUGCCCAUCACCAUGUUCAACAGCAGUUUCAAGCUAGACACCCAUAUAGCAUGACUGAAAGUAUGAGGAUGCAGAGCGGAGUAACUGAGGCUUCAGCUCAUUCUGCCCAAGUGGGUAGCUCUGGAAAAACCUCACACCCAAACCAGAGGCAUGGCAGUGAGCCUGAUUUUAUUGCAGAUCCUCAGUCUUCCGUGAAGUCAGAAGUGUCUAAUACUAAGAUAUUGCAAAAUGCAGAAAAAACUGAUGUGUGUGUGUCCCAAAGUCAUUUACCACGGCCUACAGAGUCUCAGCAACCCCCGCCAAAACAUAUUAACUUAGCUGACUAUUCUCUACCACAGAGAAAAGCGUUAUCUAAUGUGCCCACCUCAUCCUCUGCUGUGCAGGAGCUCCUUUUGCAAGAGCCAGAGCCGCUAACAGGCAGCAUUGGUCAAACUGAGUCUCAGAAAUCAUCAGGCUCCAUAUUAGCCCCAUCAGAGCGGCGCUCUGUCAUCUGUGAUGUGUCGCCAAACCGACGCAGCACACCAGAGAGGGACAGGGAAAGUGACAGAGAGAGAGAACGGGAGAAAAGUCAGAGUGGAGCCUCAGUGAUUCAACAGCCAUUUUCCUCUCCAGCAGCAGCCAGUGAUCUGAGUAAGAAGGAUACUGGAGAGAAACAAGUGGUGAAAAUGGAAACAGCAUCAAAAGAGGCUGGCCUGGAUGCUGCAAAUUUACAAACUGAUCAUCAUGGCAGUAGUGGAGCUAAUGAGGCUGAUAUGGAGUAUCAUUCCAAAUCUGUUCACUCAUCUGUUCUACUGAAUGCUGACCCCUACAGGCGAGGUAAUGUUGAUAUUUCUCCCUUGCCCUCUCAUUCUAUGAGCACCCAUCCUUUAUCCUCACCCUCAAGGCAUCAGUCUUAUCUUCAUGGUGUUGAUUUAUCAACUGGCAGCGGUAGCAGUUUUCCUGGAUAUCGAUAUGGAGAUACAAGAGAUGGGAAUAUGAUGGCACGCAGUAACCCUCAUUUCCCCUCCCACCAUCCAUACCACAAUUUACCACCGCAGACUCAAUCCACAAACAAACUUCAAAUGUAUCCUCACCCUCGUGGACCUCCUCAUCACCCCCAUGACAUGAGUGACUGGGUAAAAGCAAUGAACAGGCCGUCAAAAGAGAUGAUGAUGCAGCCUGGCUCUUCUCCAGGAAGACAUAAGGUCAGCCAUUCAGAGCAGAGACAGAGGAUGAUCUCCCAAACUGACAUGAGCAGUGAACAACAUGCAGCCAAAACUCCACUCCAUCAUCAAAGCGCUUACUUCGAUUUAAAAAUGUGGGAGUCAACGCACUCUGGAAGAGAAAGCACUAUAAUGAUUGAGGGAGACUCCUACUACAGAACACAGCCGCCUCCCCCACCCCCGCCUCCCCCUCCUCCUGUAGCCUCACAUGGCCCUGUUCCUCCACAAAUGACUCAUGGCCAAAAUGCUGCUGAGCCUGAGGCCUCCAGAGGAGCCGCAGAGGAAGCCAAACAUCCCUGUCCACCUGUUCCACCCAGCUCCACUAAGCCUUCUGCUGACACGAACUCCACUCAGCCACAGGUGCAGCGCCAGACUAAAGCUGGGGGUUCUGGAGAUACAAAUCCACUAAUAUUGCGAAGGAGAGUUCGUUCUUUUAUCUCUCCUAUUCCCGCCAAAAGGCUACUCCAGGAUGCGUCUCAGCAGAGGGCUGCCACAAAUUCACAUCACUCCCCUGGGGCACAGUCUGAGUCUAGCCAUCACAAUGAGGGUGACUCAUCUAGUUCAGAUGUCCCAUGUCCGAGGCUCUCUUCCCCUUUGCUUGGAGAGAAUAACUAUUCACAACCUCUAUCCCCAUCAAGUGGUAAUACCAAGGUUUUGACCCCAAGGAAAGGACGGGGUUUAAAACUGGAGGCAAUAGUGCAGAAAAUCACCCCGAAUAUUAAAAAGCCAGCAGGCCAUGCUGAUGAUGAGUCAAAUCAUUACCCAGGCUUCUCUCACUCAGAAAUACCACCCUUUAAUGAUUCACAGGACCAAGACUUAGCACAUUUCCCUAGGGUCACAGGAGGGGAUGAUAGUUUCAUUGAUGAAAGUCACUCAUUAAACGACAUGAUUCCCUUCAGAGUAGUUGAUGAGACUGGGCCUUUACCUUCAUCUGCCUACCCAUGUGAUCCUCAUCAGACUUCCCAAGCCCUAAAACAACAAGACUUUGACUUUGGAUUAGGAACUGCUGUGACAUCAGCAUCUGGUGACAAAGAGGAUUUUGCUCUGCUUGGACCUUUACCCCCUCCUCCGCCUCUUCCUCGCCCAGUCCAGGGUUCCCCACCUCCAUCUUCAUCUGCUCUGUCUGACAUUCAGCAUUUCACCAACACUUACCAGCAACUUGAGACAAGAAGAGGAGAGCAGUCUGCCGCUAAUCUCCUUCGACAGAAACUUCAAGAAUCUGGCAUUGGAUUUGAUGAUUAUCCUGGCAGUGACUACUAUGGAACCACCCCACCCCACCACAGCCAGGCUCAAGGACACAUGCUGAAUAGACAACAUCAGAUGUCUUCUGGUAGGCCCAGUCUGUCACCACAAGAUUCUAAGCCACCAGAGAGUGUCGUGCCUAAAGGCUAUUUCCCAUCUGGCAAGAAGAAGGGCAGGCCUGUAGGGAGUGUGAAUAAACAAAAACGGGCCCAGAACCCAGCUCAAACACAGGCGCAGGGCCAGUCUCAAGCUCAGGCUCAGAGCAUAACUCUGAGUGCUCCUCCAGCCCAACCCACUCCACCUUCAGCUGCUGCCACAACCCCACCAACAGUGCAGACUGCCCGGAGCACACCAGAACCUGCAGCACCACCUCUGACACUGUUGGGUGGGGCCAACACUCCUGUGCUGGCCCCACCCAUUUUAACCCAGGUAGUGAAAGUGGAUGUUGAGAGUGAGGACACACAGCCAGAGAUUGAGGUCAAACCUGUGCGAAGAAGAGGCAGAGGUGUGAAAGAUGAAGACGAGCCACUAGGAGCAAGAGGACGACAGAGAAGGAGGAGGAGAGGACCAGCAACAUCAGCACCAGUGGCCAAAGAUGACCCGGAUACACUUUUAGGGGCAGGAGUCAGCCUUGGUACAAAUAGAAUAUUCAUGGAUCCAAACAGAAAGGGCUUGUUUGUUCCACACAUACAUGUGGAGAACAAAAUACCAGAGAUUGGGGCCGUGUGCACCAUUGUAAAUGCUGAAGAGGACAAGAUGAAGGGAGAGCGUAGUGCAGUCGGAGGGAAAGCAGGCGGGAGUGGAAUUGAUUCUCUCCUGACCUCAGCGGUUUCCUCCCAGUUAUCUUGGAGAGACAGAGAAUCAGAGAAAAGGGAGACAGACGAGGUAGAAACUACGCUUCAGUCAGGCAAAGCACUUCCUUCAUCUGGUUAUGUUGUUGCAGGCCCCGUGAUUACAGAGACCAGUCACUCUGGGCGCCUGCUUUGCUGUCUGUGUCAGAAAUGGGCAAAUUACAAACACCUUGGAGAUCUCUAUGGGCCUUUCUAUCCAGCUGAAUAUGCUGCAAAGCUUCCUAAGAACCAGCCCCAGGUCAGACAGUGUCAAGCAACCACAGGCACAAACAAAACAGGACCAAAUUCAGACGUAAGCUCAAACGCCUUGAGCACCAUCCAAGACACACAAACACAAGAUGCUCAGUUUGCCGAGCCCUCAGCAGAGAAUGACUAUGCCAUCAGUCUAGAUUCAAAUCCAGCAUCUCUUACCACUACAGUCAGAACUGCCUCCACAGCUGGUAGAGAGGAAACAACGAUGCACACGGCCUGUAAGCUGAGUAACACCGCCUCCUCUUCAUCAUUCUCCCACACCACCAGUAAAACGACAUCUCUAACCUGGGACAUGAAUCUAGAUAUCCGACCUAUCCCUGAGCUUAAGAGAGAGCCAGACCUUGAGCUUGACCAGCAACAGAUACAAAAGCAGCAACAGCUGCAGCAGCCUAUGGACGAAGCUCAACAACGACCUCAACACAGAAAGCUGACCUCACAUCCCCGCUUUAAAAGGAGGCACAAAUCUAAUGAGGAUUCCCCCAGAAUGGUGCCAUCCAACAGUAAGGCAUCCCUGCCCUUCCAGCCCCCUCCACCAGCCUUGGACUCCCUGGGACCCUUGGCUCAACUUGCCCAGCUGCCUCAGAUGCCCAUGGACCCAGAGGAGCUGUGGGUCCAUGAAGGAUGCAUUGUGUGGACCAGUGGAGUGUACCUUGUCAAUGGGAGACUGUAUGGCCUGCAGGAGGCACUAGAUGGUGCCAGAGAAACAUGCUGCUCAUACUGUGAGAUGGUUGGCUCAACCCUGGGCUGCUACAGUAAAGGCUGCACUCUCCGCUACCACUACCUGUGUGCUAUUGAAGCAGAUUGCUCCAUGAAUGAAGAUAACUUCUCACUGCGGUGUCCUAAGCACAAGUUUACCCAGAACAUCCGGCCAGCCAAGUCCGUUUACCUGGAGCAGUCAGAGAGAGGCUGAGCAAAACGAAGAAGAGACGCAGGAGUCUGGGCGCUGUUAAAUUGGAAGUUAAUAGAAGACUGAGAAGCAAGACUUGUUUGUGAAGCAGCCCCCAAUGUGAAAGGAUGGGACUGGCAUCUGUGACAGACAACAACAAAAGGGAAUGUACAAUUUCUCAACAGAAUCAGCAUUAUUUACAUUUAAGACAAUGGAGAAGAGAAACCUUUUUUUUUUCUAAGAGAAUUAUUGCUCUUUACUUAAAAGCAGAAAAAGAAAAAAAAACAUGGACAUGCAACAUUAAGGAACGGAGCUACAAGUUUAAAAAAAAAAAAAGAAAUUAAAAACCGCAAAGAUAUAAGUGGAAUAAGACAAGACUUCAAAACUGAUGGAGGAACUAAAGGAACUUCUCUGUUAAGAACAACAGAAACAAACUUCCUCUCUAGGCUUACUUUGAUUUUCCUCCGAUACUCUAAAAGUGUUACCCUAUGGUUCAUCAUCAGUUACAUUUUUUUCUGGUUUUCUUUUUAUUGCUUUGAAGAGGCCUGUUCAGAGUAAGUUGGGUAUCGAACCCAGAAACGAAAAGGAGAGAAUUUUGUAUCCUCUCGCAAGUAGUAUCUUAUCUUAUAUUAGGAUGAUCACAAUUAUUAUUUUAGUCCUCAUUAUUAUUUUGUAUCCUUAUCAUUAUUUACUCAUGGAAAUGAAAUGGAUGUAUCUCAAUAUAUUCAGUCAACACAUGAAUUGGAUUUUUAUUUUCUUUUCAUUCCUGGAGAGGGAGGAGCCAGAGUGAUGUCUGGAACGUCAGGGUCGAGUUUGCCACAAAGACAUUAUUGCCUUGGAGAACGGACAUCUGUUGCCUUUCAAGAGUCACGUGUAUGAAUGAGAAGCGAGUGUGUGUGUGAGAAAGUGAAAAAUGCCAAUAUCUGGGUCUUUGAUUCCAUUUUGGUCCUUUUGAAAAGUGUUCUUAUUUUUCAUCACUGGGGUUUUUACGGUACAGAUAGUAUUCAUGAAAAAUCAGAUGGACACAAUCUUAUUUUUCAAGUAUAAAUGUUCACAAUGUGCAAAGAGAAGGACAGAGCCUUGGUAGAGGAGGAGAUAACACUAUGGACUAAUGCGUGUCUGCCAUCUCUAACUGUGCUGAGUGGAAAAAGAUGACUGACUUGACACUGAGAAGAGUUUUCAUCAGUGUGGAACUGUGUACUGGGUGCACUUGUGCUUAAGUCCUACAUAGGAAGUUACGUUAGACUGACAAGUGUCAGUCCCUUGGACAGUGAUGAAACAUUUUUCGAACUGAAAACUUUUGAGAGGACGUCAUAUGAAGGCUGUGAUUGGCCAUCUGUACUGGUGUAUGGGGAGUAAGCCUUACCAAGUACUUUUGAAUGGUUCCAUUUUUCAGUGACACAGCAGAGGUUUGAUCGGGAGAUGCAAAAUCCAUUCAAAAGAAGCAUUGCCAUAAAAUUUAAAAGUGAGUCAUACAUGGUGUUGUCUUUAUCAUUUUUUAUUGUUAUUCUUGUAAAAAAAAAAAAAAAAAAAGUCAAGCUGAGAAUAAGACAGUUACACUAUCAAAAACAUGCUGUAUUAGAAACCUGUCAAUAUGUAUAUGAAUUAUGAAUACACUUAAAAAAUGCUUCAA